AUGUGUCAAUGGAUUUGCACCGUCGAGUUGUGCCCCACCUGUGGUAAGAAGAAGAAGAUCACCGACCAAGACGGUUUCUGUGAGUCAAACUCCAGCCCCCGCACCCCCAAGGACCCUGUCUAUUGCCAAAGCUACAGAGAAUAUGACAAUAUCAUUUUUGCAGACUCGCCAUGCAGGUCUUGCGACAAGAAGGACUCUGAGGAGAAAAAGGCCUCACCUCCAACGGACUCAACCUCGAACGAGACGGCGAUUCAGGAGCUCAUGUUUUCCAAAAAGCCGACUGUGGCAAAGGAAAGUGAUGAGGUCUCGGAAGAUGAUCGUGACCCAGACGAGCGUGGCUUGGAUGAUGGGAGCAUCUCAGAGGUCUCGGCUUUCUCGGAUGAUUCGGACGAUGAGCUGUUCUCUGGCGAUGAAUUUGACGAGGAUGAUGAGCGAAGGUCGGAGUGUCUUAGAUUUGGACGUCUUCGGACUAGGGUCGAAGAGGUCAAGAGAAUGCCAUAG